AUGUUUCUGUCGUACUCAACAGUGCCCAUGUUCUCUUUCAUGAUACUGUUGAAUUUAUUCUUGUUGUACUCGCCCCUCGCGUCGGCGACGAACGGCAAGUGGUACGAUACGUGCCAGCAGUGUAAGGCUGACCCUUGCUUCAAACAAUUUAAUAGGCCGUGCCUUCUCAGAAACAACAAGUUCUAUUGUUUUCUGUGUCAUCCAAAAAAUGGCCGCCAACAGUACUACACCGAAGACGGAUGCCAGCAGCAUUGCAAGGAUUCGGGGAUGUUGUGCGUUUGUUCUGACUCGUGUUACGUGUGCGAAUCAAAAGGGGCCAGGUCUAAUCCAGCGAGUUGCAGGAAGUCAACCGCUCAAGAAUAUAAUAAGUGCCUUUAA